GUAUAAAUAUUAUUAGAGGUGUUCGCGGAACAGCAUGGCAGGGAUAUCCUGUCCAUUUAAGGCAUGCUAAACAGGGAUUUGUAGAUCAUGACAGGGGUGAAGGGAGCAUUACAUCAUCAGCGCAAUCGUCGAUGUGAAAUGAUGAUGCUGAGUCUCUCCUUCCUUUCUUCUACUGCUAAUGAGACAAGCCUAACAAAAUCCCCAUGACAAAACGCAAGUGCGAUGGGAGCAAAUGCUGCGAGACCAGCAACCCUUGAUCGGCCCAGAACUGAGAUGAAGGUCGUCACACCGGCCGUAAUGCACCCACUGGAUCUGCUAAGGGCAAGGAGAAAAAGAAGCGUCGGGAAUCCAUCCUGUCUCCAUUGCGUUGUGACACCUCGGGAUAUUCAAUUUGUUCCUUUUACAGGGGAGAAAUGACGUUGUUCUCUUGCCUUGCAGUCUCGAUCUCACCCUUUUCUUUCGAUCUCGGGCCGUGGACUGGUCUCGCCCAUUUCAUCAUAGUCCCCGACUUACGUCGGCCACUGGUCACCACCCGCGUGUCGCGACGAACAUCAACAUCAUCCAACUAGGUCUGUGAUGCUUGGAUGAAGGCUCAAGAUGCAAAAUUUGGUGUC